AGUUAGCUGUAAUGCUAAAUGGCGGUAGCGAACAGGCGGGACAGUAAACAUAACAUCAGUUUUAACUGUAACUGUCUUAUUAUCAACAAACAUGUACUCAGCUCUGCUGGAAACACAGGGCAGUUACAAAAUGUCUAUUUUCAACUUUCAGGUCGGUUCAUGUGCCGGGCUGACCGAAAACUCACUGCCGAGGAGGAGACGAAAACGAAGCAAAAUUGAACUGAUGGAGAAGGAGGAUGGGGAAAAGCAGACUGACUUCGCUGAUCUCCGGCUGAGAGUGGAGAGUUUAGAGCAGGAGCUCAGUGAGUGCCGGGCCGAGCUGGACAAGUUACACAAACAACUGAACCAGUCAGAAAGGCUGCAGAGGAGCACCGAGAGCUACAACGAGGACCUGAGGAAACAGGUUGACCAGCUGAGUGCUGAGAUUCAUGAACGGAAGAAGAAAGAUAAGGGCCGAGUCGACUGUGAAACUCAAACAGAAGAAUAUGUAUGGACAGAAACUGAUUAUUACAACUACUACUAUGGCGGCUAUACUGAGAACCCAGAGGCCUCAUGCACCCAGGACACAGAGGCCUCAUACAGUCAGGAAGUCCUGAGCACAGAGGCAGCAGUGGUUGCUGCUGAUGGCAGUGAGGCAGCUGAGGUGUCGACAACUAAUGCAGCUGCAGUUGUGUCAGAACAAGCUGGAAACAGUGUUGCAGUUUCAGCAGAGGAUGGUGAUGGAGGAUCCAUAGCUGAUAUUUUGAGGGCCACCGCUGAACAAGCCAUGACACAGACUGGGUUUGUCUUUGAUGAGACCACUGGCAUGUACUAUGACCACAGCACAGGCUUCUACUACGACUCGGCCAGUCAGCUGUAUUAUGAUGCCAACACAGGCAUUUACUACUACUGUGAUGCAGAGAGUGGACGUUACCAGUUUCAUUCCCGGAUUGAGGUUCCUGCUGCACAAACCACUGCAGAGCCUUCUGAAGACAACAGCGGCGUUGAAAGGAAAGGCAGAAAGUUUAAGAAAGGGUCCAAGAAGUACUCACACCAGGAUGAUAAGGAACUGGCAUUUAAUGAGGCUAAGGUGAAAGAAGAAGAAACUGAGUGGGUUGAAAAACAAACGACCAAAAGGACCAUAGAACCUCGCAAACUGAAGCGAAGGUCUCGCAGCCCAGAUGUGGCACCACGAAGAGACACUUCAAAUCGCCGUGAUGGGAAAGACAAAUCCUCUUCAAAGAGAAAGAAACAGAAAAACGGUUCACCCAGUGAAGAUAGAGGUGGAUCAAGGAAGAAAAAAAAGAAAUCCAAGUCAAAAAAGCGGAAGAAAAAGAGCUCGACCCAAAGCGACGACUCGGAGGGGAGCAGUGAACCGGAAGAGGGUGAAAUCACAGAGUCAGAGAGGGAGGAGUGGGAGUCUACUCCCUCGGUCUCAUCAACUUCUCGCUCGCCCUCACAGAGAAGCCCCGAGUUAGAAAUGGAGACUCAAAUACAGGAAGCUGGCAAAGACAUCUGGCCACCCUGUGUGAGAGUGACAGUGGUCAGAUCUCCAGUGCUGCAGGUGGGCACUCUGUUCAUCAUCACAGCUGACUCUCCAGCCACCAUCGGCAGAGAGAAAGACAUGGACCAUGCAGUCCGAAUACCAGAGAUGGGAGUCAGCAAGUUCCAUGCAGAGGUGUACUUCGACCAGGAGCUGCAGGGCUACAUGCUGGUGGACCAAGGGAGCCAGAACGGAACCGUCAUCAACGGCAACAGGAUCUUACAGCCAAAAACAAAUAGUGAGCCACAUGCACUGAUGCACGGGGAUGAGGUGAAGAUGGGAGAGACCGUGCUGUCCUUCCACAUACACUCUGGGACUGAUACCUGUGACGGCUGUGAGCCUGGUCAGGUGAUGGCUCACCUCAGCAAGCACAAGAGAGAGGAGACAACAGGCCCCACUCUCACCAAAGAAGAUAAAGAAGCUCUGAGACAAAAGGAGCUGAAGCAGAUGAAGGCUAAAUAUGGCCUGCAGAGCAGCGAAUUUGAGGGGACCAAAGCCUUGAAAAACCCAAAAUACCAGGACCGAGCAGAGUCUAGGAGACAGACGGUGGGCAGUGAGGGUGUCUUCCAGCGAGAUGAUGCACCCGCUUCCGUUCAUAAGGAGAUCAGUGAAGUCAAUAAAGGACGGAAAAUGCUGGAAAAGAUGGGCUGGAAGAAAGGGGAGGGACUGGGUAAAGGGGGGACUGGAAUGAAAGCCCCGAUUGAACUGAAAAUCAGGAAGUCUCAGUCGGGUUUGGGGGCCGCUGCUGCCGUGUCCCUGGAUAGUGUCUCUCUGACCAAAUCAAAGUCUCAGAAGAACUGGGAGAAAGCACGAGAGAGAUUUGCUGAUACGUGCCAACCUGACCUACUGUCCCCUAAAACACCGCAGAACAGCUCAGCCAAAUCCUGGGUCAGAUCAGAGGAGACCGGGACGGCAGACACACAACCAGGUUUUGAUACAGAAUGACAAAGUUAGUAAUAGAUUACGCUGUACAUAUUCAUAUUGAAAUUAUAAGCUGGGAUGUUUGAUAUGGGAAAAGAGUUUUUUUCUUUUGUCUGCAAACUAAGUCAGAAUGUAAGAUAGUUAGGCUUAGCUCAGCCUUCAGCGUGAGGAAGCAUUGCUGAAGAGAACUGAACGUGACCACAAUGAUGUCACAAUCAAUUUCUAGAACGUGUUGUUUGAACUGUUGGAAACACUUGAAGUCCAAAAAGAAGACCAGCUGUGUGUGAGGAUGGUCCAUGUGUCUGUAGUCUAAACCUGCAGAGGGCAGAGCGGCCACCGGGCCUCACAACACAACAUGAACUGCCUCCAGUGAACAGUGAAGCGAUAUUUCUCAUAAUGAGAUCGUGCUAUGAAAGAGACUAUUUUGGAUCUGUUUAGACUACCCCCUAACUCGUCAUGUUAAACCAAUCACAACUACUGUGUGUAACAUUCUUAAAACCAUCUCUCUCUCUCUCUCCCUCGCUCUUUUUUUUUUAAAGUAAAUGUUGCAGAGUGAAAUUUGAAAACUUUCUCGUUUGAUUCAUUGCCAACAUCACAUCCUCUUUUACAGUCUUUGGUUUGUUUGCUCUAAAGCAUAUGGAGAGACUCAUCCACAUACUUGCGUAAGGGCAGUGAGCAAACACAUCAAACAGUCCAUCAGUGUGCAGUCUUUUAUCUGUGGGUUCAUUUCGAGGGUGUGUGAAUAUUUGCAUGUGUGUGCAAGCUUACACUUGAAGAGACGCCACUGUCGCACCGAACGGAAAAAGAAUGCAAAUGUGGCUACAAGCUCAGUUAUUGUAGCUUACAACAGAGUAUACUAUGUUUCAUAUUCUCACUCUUUACUGUGUGUAACUAUCUACGAACGUGAGAGAGGAAUAACAACUUCCACUUCUGUUUGAAGUCACUGAAUAAACAGUGAGUGUCAACA